AUGAGUGGGCAAGUUAAAGUCUUCAAUUGGGAGAUCAAGAGUAUUUUAGCUAAAACGGUGAAUGCAAACAGAACUGAUUGGGCCCGUAAGCUUGACGAUGCUCUAUGGGCUUAUUGGACUGCUUUUAAGGCUCCGAUUGGGACUUUACCUUUCAAGCUAUUUUUUGGUAAAGCUUGUCACCUACCAGUUGAACUUAAACAUAAGGCCAUGUGGGCCUUGAAGAAAUUGAACAUGGAUUGGGAAGAAGUGACCAAAAUCAGGUUGUUUCAACUCAAUGAGAUCGAUGAAUUCCGGUACCAGGCUUACGAGAGUGCAGCACUAUGUAAAGAGAGGAUAAAAAAUUACCAUAAUAAAAAGAUCCUCAAGAGAGAUUUUCGUAAAAGGGAUCCUGUGUUGCUGUAUAAUUCGAGACUGAAACUUUUACCUGGAAAGUUAAAAUCAAAGUGGUCUGGUCCAUUUGAGGUGGUGAGUGCUUCGCCCCAUGGAGCAAUUGAAUUGAACUCCGGAGAUGGAACUCGGACCUUUAAAGUGAACAGGCAGAGGGUGAAGCACUACCAUAGUUGCAUUGAUGGUGAUAAGAUCGUGGAUUGGCACAGAUUGAAGCAUGGCUAUGAAACAUUACCAUGA